AGGCACAGCCUACCUAUGCGCCGUCCCUUCGAGAAUCUUGGACUACUUUUCUUCUUACCCACAUCUCCAAAAAUCCCCACCUGACCUCUUGUUAAUGAAAAUCCAUUGGUCAAUGGGUCAGACAUAACCAGUGUCAGGACUUGGGAAACUGAAGAAAAAGAAUGACUCCGGUCCACGAGUGAUCCCGGUCUUUGUUAUCGGUCCCGUACCUCUCUGGGCCUCGGGUCCCCCAACCCUCCGUCUCCAUCCGUCUUUUCUCUCCCGUGGCGUUGCCGUCUCAUGAUAAAACUUUCUUUCCCCCCCCCCCCAUCUUGAUACUACUUCUCCUCUCUCUAUAACUUCUCUUCAUACCAUCCCAACACCCGGUACCACUACGCUCCCAAUAAUUCAAAAUGGUGUCCCAUUCCGAACCCCCCAAGGAGGACCUUUCUGCCGUUGCCCUCGAGCACACCAUCGACGAGGCCAACGCCCUCAUCAACGGCACCUCCGAUGUCCCCAAGAUCCAGGAGCUCGAUGCCUCCAAGCUCGUCGUCACCCUCGCCGACCCCAAUGCUCGCCAGGUCCCCGACGAAGCGACUGCGAAUGCUGCCUCCGAGACCAUCUGCACCGACCACAUGGUCACUGUCUCCUAUAACGUCGAGUCUGGCUGGGGUGUCCCCGAGCUCAAGCCCUACGGCCCCAUCUCCCUGAUGCCCACGGCCUCCGUCCUUCACUACGCCACCGAGUGCUUCGAGGGUCUCAAGGUCUUCCGCGGCUUCGAUGGCAAGCUCCGCCUCUUCCGCCCCAACCUGAACGCCAAGCGCCUGCUCAUGUCCACCCUCCGUAUCGCCCUCCCCGGCUUCGACCCUGUCGAGGUUGAGAAGCUCAUCGCCAAGCUCGUUGCCGUCGAUGGCGCCAAGUGGCUCCCCAAGGACCGCCCCGGCUCCUUCCUCUACAUCCGCCCCGCUGUCAUCGGCACUCAGCCCCAGCUCGGCGUCCAGGCCCCCAAGCAGGCCCUUCUCUUCAUCACUGUUUCCUUCAUGCCUCGCAUGGACAGCCCCGCCGGUGGCAUGCGCCUUCACACCAACCCCGAGGAUAUGAUCCGCGCUUGGGUUGGCGGUUUCGGCUACGCCAAGGUCGGUGCUAACUACGGUCCUUCCCUCCUCGCUACCAACGAGGCCAGGGCCCGCGGCUUCCACCAGAUCCUCUGGCUCUACGGCAAGGAGGCUUACUGCACUGAGGCUGGUGCUUCCAACUUCUUCAUCGUCUGGCGCGCCAAGGAGUCCGAGGGUGGCAAGCUCCAGCUCCUGACUGCUCCUCUUGACGAUAAGCUCAUCCUUGACGGUGUCACCCGCCGUUCCGUCCUCGAGCUCGCCAAGGCCCGCCUUGCUGGCGAGGUCGAGGUUGUCGAGCGCCGCUACACCAUCGAUGAGGUCAUCGAGGCUGACAAGGAGGGCCGCAUUGUUGAGGCUUUCGCCGCCGGUACUGCCUUCUUCAUCGCCCCUGUCUCCCAGAUCCACCACCGUGGCACCGACGUCCACAUCCCUCUCGGCGAGAACGACUCCGGCGUCUAUACCACCAAGAUCAAGUCCUGGAUGAAGGACAUCAUGUACGGCAACGAGCAGCACGAGUGGGGUGUCGUCAUCAACGAGGAGUAAGCCUGCCCAAUACACCCACAUAGCGAUCUGAUACCCCCCCUUUGGACCAUCGACUCUAGCGAGCGAGGGAUCUUCCAACUCCGGCCCCCCCUUACUGGAUUUCUGGAUUCUCUUUUUUUUGUCGCUGUGCAAUGUCUCUUGUCAUUUGAUUGUUUUUGGAAACCAAGCGUUUGCUUUGCAAAAGAGUUGGGAAAAGGACAAGGAUUAUUCACACGACACUUGAUAUAAACAGGGAUGAGGCUGUCGCUGGCCAAAAGAGGAAGAGAGAGCAGAAUGAGGAGGCAAAGCGCGAGUAAACCUCGCUCGCUCCUUUUGCCUUUCAUCGACCACUACAAAGAAGGACGACCGCCUAUCUAGAGUGGAGGUGUAGAGAACUGAACAACAACAAAAAACAAAACGUACGGAUGAUGGUACCCGGUAUGCAUAGCAUUCGCAUAUGCGAGUGCAUGGAGCCAUACGCCAAAGAGGAUAAAUUUUGCAUUUCAAGUGCUUUCCAAAGAAGCGAAAGCAAAAUUAAAAACAUCAAAAGCAUGCAGGGAAGAAAAAGAGCGGCACAUUUGGGCGUUUUGGGUUUUCGACAUAUUCCCUGGAGGGGAUGAUAAGAGUAGAGAGAUUUCUUCGUCUUUUUUUAUAGAAGCGUCUGUAUACCCGGAAGAGCGAAUAAAGUUAACAAAGAUUAACUCUGUUCCGUUUAUGAAAUAUGUGUGGUGCAAGGACCUUUGAUAUGC